AGCCAUUUGACCGUUAGACUCCAUUCUCUCAUAUACUCCUAAUUCUGAACAUUUGGGACUGCAGAGCAGCACCAUGCUCGAUCUGAGAAGCAUAGAAACCCUAGAAAAUGUCAAUACCAAAGAGAAUGACAAUGGUACAAACCAGAAGAUUUCGGAAUAUGAACGGUCUAGAGAACAGAGGAUCAAAGAGAAUCUUCAGAGAAUGCAAAAUCUUGGGAUUCUCGAUCUCUCUCUAAAAGUGAAGUCCCUUAAGCCCACUCCCAAAAUCACCAAACAUCGCAAAAUCCCUCAAACUCAAAGUCCCUCUCCUUUGCCUCCUUCCGGCCCCGUCCGCCGAUCAUCCAGGCUGCAGAAUGCAACCCCAGUUACCUACUCUGAAGUGCGUUUGACAAAGAAAGACAAAUCUCUGGAACUUGAGGAUGAGUUGCUUAGAGAACAGGGAGCAAAGCCUGAGAUUUAUACUGAGGAACAUGAGAAGUUGCUGGGAAACACUGAAAAGAGUUGGACAUUUUUUGUAGAUGGAUAUGGAAAAGACGGGAAGCGAAUUUAUGAUCCGGUCAGAGGGAAGACUUGUCAUCAAUGCAGGCAGAAAACUCUUGGCUAUCGUACACACUGCAGCCAAUGCAACAUGGUUCAAGGACAGUUUUGUGGAGAUUGUUUAUAUAUGAGAUACGGGGAGCAUGUGCUUGAAACACUGGAAAAUCCAAACUGGAUUUGCCCUGUUUGUCGUGGCAUUUGCAACUGCAGUUUGUGCCGGCAAGCAAAAGGGUGGCCUCCUACUGGGACACUUUACAGAAAGAUUUCAAGUCUUGGUUAUAAGUCAGUGGCACAUUAUCUUAUUCAAACUCAACGCUCAAAAACACAGUCGGAUGAGAAUGUGGGCACUAAUGUUCCAGUUUCUGCCAAGAGAUCACUCCCCUUUGCUGAUACCGAAGCAACACUAGCAGAGGAUGAUCUUUCUAAGUUUGAUGGUGGAUGUCAAGGGAUCAAUCCUCAGAGUGAAGAAAAUAGAACAGAUGUUAUACCAAAUGAUGAAAAAGUGGAGGUAACAUACUCGAAUACCGAACAGGGUGAGACUAAAGGGGCAGCACAAGUUGACAGGGAACAUGAUGAAAGUAAUAUGAAACCGAAAAUUCUGGAAUCACUGAGCAGCUCUCUUUACAAGUCCAACAAUAUGAAUAUAGAUGUAUUUAUACUAGAGCCCGAAAAUCACAAGAAAGAGGAAAUCUACAUCGUGGACAAUGAGGAUUUUCUUGCCCCAGAGCAUGAUCAGAGUAAUAUGAAACUGAAAAACCCCAACUCACUGAGCGAUUCUCCCUUUCCCAGCUCUAACAGUAAUGUGUCAAUGUCUGAACCUGAAAAACUCAAGAAAGGGGAUAUCACAUGCAUGGCGGACAACAAUAGUUUUCUUGCUGUGGAAACAAGUUCAAAAUCUAGAAAGAAGCGUGCUUGCACCACUGAACUAGCAUCUGAUAGUGUUGCUGGUAGGUUGAGGCAGAGGCGUAUGAUGAAAAAUGCAAAUGAGCUUGGGUUUGACCAGAUGGUGACGAUGCCAUGAGACCGAAAAUGCCAUGUAGGGCAUGAAAUUGGAGAUGCUUCCCUUCAUGUAAGAAUCUGGCUUUUGAUAAACUAGUAUACAUGAUUCUUCUGUAGUUAAAAGAGGCAUCUACCGAGGUAAUUUAAGUUCUUGUUUUGCUGUCAAUGCAAGUACAUUGGGCAUGUUACUUAAAAUUAUUUUGAUGUUGCAGCACUGAAUGUUCCUGUUUAGAUUUAUUAGAGCAUGUUUGGUUGGCUGAGCUUAAAACUUACUUUAGAAAAUAAGUUUUCUAGUAAGGCUGUCAAC